GCCAACCCUUUAAGCCUAUUAAUGGCUAGGAGAACUGCUCUGGCCUCAGGGCACAUUGACCGGUUUUUGGAGGCAGAGGACCUUGCAGCUGCUUGUUUUGUUGUUGUAAAAAGAGGCUCGUAGUUAUUUACAACAUCUUUUAUGGCAGAUCCUCAAAUGAAAUAGGGCUUAUCGUGCCUUUUUAAAAAACAUUUUUUGUUACAGGGACUGUUGGAUCACCCUUAAUGCUGAGACAUUACCACCCUCUCCCGAUUCCCUGACUUUCAAACCAACCUUUUGCCUCGGUUCCGUCUCCCCUCUCCCCCUCCUCCUCCUCCUCCUCUCCCUCUCUUCUUUCCCUCCCUGUGAGUGAGUCUGUGUGUGAGCGGUCAUGACGACCAACAAGCCCAAGGGGCAGAACUCUCUGGCCCUCCACAAGGUGAUCAUGGUGGGGAGCGGAGGAGUGGGCAAGUCGGCCCUCACCUUACAGUUCAUGUAUGACGAGUUUGUGGAGGACUACGAGCCCACCAAGGCGGACAGCUACAGGAAGAAGGUGGUAUUGGACGGAGAGGAGGUGCAGAUCGACAUCUUGGACACAGCGGGCCAGGAGGACUAUGCCGCCAUCCGAGACAACUACUUCCGCAGCGGCGAGGGCUUCCUCUGCGUCUUCUCCAUCACCGAGGCUGAGUCGUUCGCCGCCACCGUUGACUUCAGAGAACAAAUCCUGCGAGUGAAGGAGGAUGAGAAUGUUCCUUUCCUCCUGGUGGGUAAUAAGUCAGACCUGGAGGAGCGGAGGCAGGUGAGCGGCGAGGAGGCCAAGGCCCGGGCCGAGCAGUGGGGCGUCAGCUACGUGGAGACCUCCGCCAAGACCCGUGCAAACGUUGACAAGGUAUUUUUUGACCUGAUGCGUGAGAUCAGAGCCAGAAAAAUGGAGGAUGGCAAAGAGAAGAACGGAAAGAAGAAGAGGAAGAGCCUGGCCAAGAGAAUCAGAGAGCGAUGCUGUAUUUUAUAGUUCAUCGGCUUCCUUCCUUCCCGAGCCCUCUCCACCUUGCCCAUUCCUCUGGGUCGUGUUCAUUUGGUACCAAAUGGAACAAAAUGGACUGAAACGGGGAGGGACUACCUGGACUUGUCUAAUAACAAUUGCUCAUUUUUAGCUUUCUGUUGCAAGAAGUUAAAAUAUCUGUUGCGUUCUGUAAUGAACAUUACCCAGGUUUCCCUCUCAGAAGCCAUGGCCAAGGGAGAGAAAAUCCUGUCUUUAUUUAUUAUUAUUAUUUUUAAAGGAGAGUUCACUAAAGGGGAGUUUGUCGUCCAAUUAUAGUAAACACUAAAAUGGUAAGACAACAGAAACCAAAAAAGGAAUUUGAGGCCACAAAAGACAAGACUUUAUCCCAAGAACAGUGAUGACCCCUCUUAAUUAUCGUUCUGAGAGAUAGUCAGUUUAGGAAAACUUCAAAAACGAGGUGGUGGAGGUCUGGUGUCGCAGUCACAAACAAAAAGAUGCUAUCGGAACGCUCACGCAAUUUUUGCAGUGUGAUAGUAAAAUCACUAUAGUCCCUUUUCGUAUGGCUCAGUUGGUAGAGCGUGGCGCUCAUUACGGCAGUGUAGUGGGUUGGAUUGUUUGUUGCGGGGCCACCCGUACGCACGCGCGACCAAGUCACUAUGAAUAGAAGCGUCUGCUAAAAAAAAAAAAAUCUCAUGGCUAAUUUCAAAUGCUGCUACAUUCAACGUCACUCCGGGAAACUCCACUUCACACAGAAUAGACAUGAAACCUAAGGGUGUUUAAUUGAAUGGGAUCCCACAGUCAAACGUAAAAAACUCUUGCACUGGAAUGUCUCUCUGCCAUCUGGUUAGUCUGCUGUGAAAUGUGAUACUUUGGAUCGUGCUAUACAGGCCAAUGGUUGAGGAGAUUAUACUAUACAGGCAGUUUGUGCACAACCCCCCCCCGAGUUCUGCGAUGACAAAACUGAACGUACUAUGCAGACGCCUUAAGGCAUUGGGAUUUUCUCACAACCGAAAACCUUACCGCUAGACAAAUGUCUAUCGUGCCAUUGAGAGUCAAGGCAAGGCUAUACAGACCAAUAACCCCGACUGAUUGUUCCAUGUACUCAUUUACAAUAUAUAUAUAUACACACUUAAGUAGUUAACAUAGACCCUUUUAAUUUCAAAAUAGGCUACUUUUGAUAUUUGAAGACAGUUAACACGGGACAAUGCAUUUCAGAGCAUGAUGGCAUGAACAUCCCUAGUUGAGAAUCUUCCACGUUAACUGUGCUGCGGUGUCAUAUCGAUGGUUGUUACUCCAGUCCUUGGAUGGAAUGUACCAAUGAACUUGAGACGCACUGAAUGGGAAACUAUUGCACCAAUGGCCAAUUAUGCUUAAGGCUCCGUCUUGUUUGAAAAUUUGAGAACUGACAACUUUAUUAAAUAUAUAUUUUUUAAAUUAAGUUAGUCACACACCGCAAAUAAUAUCUUACACCAUCUCCUCCGAUGUAACAUAGGCUCUGGUCCAGUACGUUUCUUUCUUUUACCAAGACAAUUAUUGUAACCUGGGUCUCGUUCAUUAGGCACCAAAUGGAAUGAAACUGGGAAGAACUAUGAACUUCUCAAAUAAGACCCGUUUCUCGUUGAAAAAAACAUUUUUCCACCGUGUGCCCUAAUGAACACGCCCCCUGGUAUCCCAUGCUAUUGUUCUGUUUGUAUGAGGCUUGAUAUCCAGGAGCAAUGACACUAUCAUUAAGUCUGUGUCCGCUGCCCUUAUGCUGGCCGCUGGUAGCAGAGGUCCUUUCAACUCAUAACAUGUGGAAUAGUGUAAAUUGACUGGAAAAUUAAGGAAAGGGGAAAUUAAAUAACUCACAAUGUCAA